AUGGCUAACAAAGUACUUGCUGCAAAAGAGCUAGAGGUAGUUUCUGGUUCUGGAACUGAGUCUAAAAGCAAGGUCAGUCAGAAUGAUCAAAUCAAUGAGUCAGGUAAGAAAGCUAAAACUGAGAGCAACUGCAAAAAUUGCAUGAAAGACUACAAGGUUUGUAGUACACUUGCUUACCUCAGCGGUAAAAAGACCAAAGAACUGACAAAAAGAGUCAGAGACGUUGAAGAUCAGAUUUUGAAUCGUGAUAAAAUGUUAGAAGCUUCAAAUGAAAGAUCAAAAGAAUUAACUGAGAAAAUCGAAAAAGAUAAAAAUGACGUAGAAAAAUUAGGAAAGAAAACGAAAAAAGUUCUUAGAGUAAAAGAAGAGAAAAUUAACCAACAAUUGGAUGAGAUUGCUAAGUUGAAGCUUCAGUUUCAAGAAGCAAAAAUUGAAAACGAAUGCAUUCAAUUGAAAUUGAACAGUUACAACUCCACAAGUUUUGUUCUUCAACAUAUCGUCCCUAAACCAAUUGGGAAGAACAAAGCAGGCGAAGAUGUAUACUCAGAUGGAAUUGGGGUUGGGUAUCAUCAGUAUCUAGAACCGUUUGGGUCUCCCUGCACGGUUAUAGAACCUCGUGGUAAAUUUGGUCCAAAGAGCGUUGAAGGAAUUUUCGUGGGAUAUGCAAGUCCAAUGAAACGAGUCUUUGUUCCAAGCUAUAAGAAGAUCAUCAAAGCAUAUAAUGUUGAUUGUCAAGGUUAUAAUAUGCUACCUCAUUAUCUUGGUGAUGGAUGGCGUUAUGAUUAUGAUACCUUGUGGAAGUCAUUUGAUGAGGAAGAAGAUUCAGAUUUCUUUGACGAGUUGGAUAUUCUGAGAGAGUAUGAGUCAUCACAAGAAAGGUUUCCAGCUGAGUAUUAUAGAAGUCAACGGCAAACUUCAAAUGAUAAUGAAGCCGGUCCUAGCAAUGCUGGUGAACAUGAUGAUACUCAACAAUCUUCAGAACAUGCUUCUGAAAAUCAGACGGCAGUUAAUGAUAAUCAAGAAUAUGAUAAUAGGCCACUGAAGGAGAGACGAGCAGCUAAAGAACAAAAGCAAAAGAAGUGUGAAAACGUUGACCAAAAAGAAGAAACUGUUCAGAAUGAAGAGGUUAAAAUUGUUGAAACUAAGAAGGUGAUUGAAGCUAAGAAGAUCAUUGAAGAAGAAAAAAUUGUGAAAGACAUCAAGCCUUGCUUAAAGUGUCUAGAAUCUUGUAAGGAAUGUGCAGCAAAAGAUGAAAAGUUGGCUGAGUUUGAGAAGAUAAAAGAGCAAUUACUAUUCAAUCUCAAUUAUGUGAAAGAAUCAUAUGAUGUGCUAAAUAGAACAGUAACUAGUCUUCAAAAGACAAAUUCUGAAAGAGAAGAUGCAUUGACCAUGAUGAAUGUUGCGAUGAUGUCGAAGCAAAAGGCCAUAAAUCAUUACAUUGAGGAAUGUGCUAAGCUAAAGCAUGCACUUUAUGUGGAUAUCCGUUCUUUAAAGGCCAUGGGGAUUAUCGCGGAAACCGACAAUGGAGAUAGGUUGAAAGGGUUGGAUAACGAGGUCUGGGACCCGUUACCACUCGAGCCAGCGGAUGACGAUGAGGUUAUGCAUGAUGAGGACAAGGAGGAGCAUCAGCAGCCACCACACACACCACCACAUCAGGAGCCAGAGCCCCAGCAGUUCCAGCAUUGGCCUCCUGGCAUCCCGUCAUAUCCUGAGUUCUAUGGCCAGUUCCAGCAGAUGCAGAUUAGCCAAGAGCAGCAGUGUGUCAAUAUAGAGCAGUUAAGGGCUAAUCAAGAGCAGCAGCUGAGGGCCAACCAGGAGGCGAUGCGGGCAAAUCAGGAUUUCAUGCGCCAAGAGGAAGUUGUUAGGAGAAUCAGGAAAAUAAUCAGAAUUUUCGAAAAGAUUAAGUUUCCAAAGUUACUGGCUGGCGAAAUUGACUGUACUGGCGAAAUUGACUGA